AUGGCAAGAGAAUCAAAGAAAAGAACAACAGGAAAUCAAUUAACAAGAGAACGUUUCGAAGAAGAGGAAGAUGAUGAUCGCGAUCCAUUCGAAGGACCAAUGGAGAGAGCUCCACCAGAAGAACUUGCAAAGAGAAAAAUAUUUAAAUUAAAACCAAGAAAUAAGCAAGCAGCAGCAGCUCAACCACAACCAGCAGCAGCAACAGCGGCCACUGAAACCAAAGCAGCAUUACAUAAUGGUGAACAACCAUCAACGAUGAUCAAGGUAAAUAGUAAUCCAUUUGCAGAUUUCAAGGGUUUCAACUUUGGACCUUCACCAACUACUACCACCACCAAUACUUUAUCGAGUUCCUCUGCUGCUCCAACAUCAUCUAUAUUCACAUCAAACUCAUCAUCGAUAUUUACAUCGAAUUCAUCUUCUUUGUUUGGUAGCACUCCACCAUUAUCAUCAACCUCCUCCACCUCUGCAACUUCACCAUUGCUCUCAUCAUUGAUGGGAUCAACUUUGGCUCCUUCAUCAUCAAACAAACCAAUCUUGACAACCUCUCCAAUAUCAUCAUCAAAUAUUAUUAAUACAAAUGGAGGUUCAUUUAAAUUGGGAGGAACUGAACAACCACAACAACAACCACAACAACAACAACAACAACCACAAUUAGUAUCUACUUCUGCUUCAUCUUCACUUUUCAACUUUGGUGUAAAUAAUAAUAAUAGUAAUAAUAAUAAUAAUAAUAUUGUAAAGAAACAAGAUGACGAAAAUAGUUUAACAAUUAACAAUAAUGGUCCAAAAACUACUACUACUACUACUACUACUGAUAAUACCACUACUGCGCCAACAAAUAAUAGUAAUAAUAUUCAAUUAGGAUUAAGUCCCAAUACAAACAACACUGGUACAACAACAACCACAACAUCUAAUAGUGGAGCAUUAUUUAGUGCAAAUGGAUCAAGUCAGACUGACAACAAUUCCAUUAAACCUGAUGUUGCUGGAUCAUCCAGCAGUUUUGUAUUUGAUACUGACGCUUCAUAUAAACCAAAAAAUAAUGAUAACAACGACGCACCAAUCGCUAAAAAUGAAACUAUUACAACUACCCCUGCUACUGCUACUACUACAACAACAACUUCAACCAAAACUGAAAAUGGAUGGAAAUGUGGAGGAUGUCAAACUAGUAACAAAAAAGAUGAUCCAAUUUGCACAGUUUGUUUAUCAAAACAACCAAUCAAUUAA